GGAGCAACCAAUCAUAUGCCGGUAUACUCAGCGCCAGCGAGGAAUCGUCCAAUCAGCGCACUGUUCACACAAAAGUCACCUCUUCAACUUCCUAGCGGGAAGCAGCUAACGGGGACUCUCUUCAGGCGUUAGGAAUCACAGAUAGACACAACAGUUAAUCAAAGAUGAGACUGUCUCGAGCUGAAUAUAAGGAGAUAGUGAGAUACACAGAACAGCUGAGACCAACACGGCAAUGUAUGAAGAUGCUGAAGGACAGAUUUCCAAAUCACUCGCAGUCCACUCUUCUGAGCAUCUUCUCCCUGGAGUACCAGAAAAGGACCAAAAGGACGAUCUCAAGACACCAUGCACCAGAUGUUAUUGAAAACCACUACCAAAGGUAUCUGAGUGAAGCCAAGGCACAACCCACUGCUCCUGUCCUGCUUGCGUUGGCCAAUGAGGUGGAUCUGUCUCCAGCGCUGAUGGCUCGUAUCAUCCUGGACAGGUACCUUCAGGGCCUGGACGGUGGAAUGCCCUCCAAAACGGUCCUUAACAACAUGCUGAAGGAGCCGUCUUUAAUCCCGGACCAAAUUUUGGCCAGCAACAUCUACCAGUGCACAAUAAAUGACUGCUGUUAUGGACCGCUGGUAGACUGCAUCAAACAUGCUAUCGGCCAAGAGCAUGAAGUGCUGCUCUGUGACAAACUGAAGGAGAGGAACCUUUCCUUUCUGGAUGAAAACCAGCUGAGAACUAUGGGCUACGACAAAACACCUGAUAUCAUCCUGGAGGUUCCUGUUGCUGUGGAGGGACACAUUGUGCACUGGAUCGAGAGCAAAGCAUCUUUUGGAGAUGACCACAGCCAUCGCACCUACCUCAAUGAACAGUUCUGGAGCUACUGGAACAGGUUCGGUCCGGGCCUUGUGAUCUACUGGUACGGUUUCAUAGGAGAGCUGGACUGCCAGCGAGACAGAGGCAUCCUACUCAAAGACUGCUUCCCCACUGACAUCGUCACCCUGUGCCACGCUACGACGACGACGACGACGACGCAGGAGCGAUCGCCGGAGAGCCGCAACAAGGACAAAGAGUGAAAAACGAUUAGAAGCGGAGCAUUAAAAAAAAAAAAAAAAAAAAAAAAGAUUGGAGGAUGAAUGGGAGGAAAGAGGGAGGACGGCAACAAGGUAGCGAGGGUACGAACGCUGAACUGUGCAGGGGUGGAUACCUAGAUCCGGAAGCAAUUUGGCUUUCCUGCGGUGCGAGUCUACUGACAAAAACUCUGCCCUGAACUCCACCUGACCUCCUUUCUCCGUCUGUCUCUCCCUCUCUUCCUCUCAUUCACUGGCCCGGAGCGACCACAUGUAAAUACGCACCGGCAUUCUGCCGUGUAUCCGACGGCGCGGGGUCAGAUUCGUACCUGCGCAUGAAAACAUCGCCUUGGAUGCUUUCCCGGGUUGCGGUCGCCGGCACCUGGCCCUUGGAUGGCCUCUCGCGAUGGAACGGCCGCGGUGUGAGCAGGGGGGGCCGGGGCAGGACACGAGGCCGUUCCUUAUCACACCCAGAGCCCUGGCCUUUGUCACUCCUUCCUCCUCCUUUCCAUAGGCAGAUAAGAGAGGUGCGGUCUGGGGGGCUGGGUGGACGCCUGUCUCUCACCUGCGUCACUCGGUGCCCUCUCUGUCGCUUUCCGAGGGGGUAAACAGGAUAAUUUCUGAUUAAGGCUGGACUCGCGGUGACCUUUUUUUCGCAGUUUUUGUUUUGGCGCAGUGGUUAAAACUGAGCGCAUUUCUUCAUUUUUGAAUGAAAGUGAAUUAUUUUUAAUUCGCUAUUAAUUACAAUUUUCUACAAGGUCACAGUUUGCCAACUAGCACUCGGAUUAUAGUUGGCUUUCAGCAAAACAAAAUGAUGAAUGGAUUAAUAAUUUUUCCAAACAGGCACAUGUAUCUUUACUGUAUAUGUCUAUUGUGCUGCAGGAUUUAUUUUGUGUACGUGUCUAUUAUCAAUAAAUACAUUUCGAACGUG